GCCGUGUGCAGACGAUCAAUGACGUCAGUCGGUCAGAGGCAUAAUUCCAGAGGAGCCGCACCGCCAGCCGAGUGAUAUCAAGGAGAGAGACCAGAGACCCUUGGACGAUUUACGGCUGUGGAGACGGAGACAAUUCUCGGAGAGCAUGGCCGACGGGGAAGCACCAAAAACUUGCGCAAGAUGCGACAAAGAGCUCAGUCAAGGCAGCUUCUCAACCGCCAUGAACAAACACUGGUGUUUAGGCCACUUCCGAUGCUGUGAAUGCGACGAGAAAAUAUCGGGGACAUUCUACCCCCGGGGAGAGGGCGAGGACAGGAAGCCCCUUUGCAAGAAAUGUGCCGGGAUCACCGAGCAGAAUGACCCAAACACUGGAUCCUGCACUGCUUGUGAUAAGGCAAUAACCGGGAGUGUGCUCAUUGCACUUGGGAAAAAGUACCAUCGCGAAUGUCUGGUGUGCGCAGAGUGCAAGGAGAGCAUGCAGGGCAAACCCUUCUAUGAGAAGGACAACAAGAUUUAUUGCAAACGAGAUUAUGGUAUCGUCUGCGGCAAUGUGUGUGGAAAGUGUGGCGAAAUUAUCGAAGCAGACCAGGAGAUAAUCAGAGCUUUGGACAAGGUCUGGCACGAUGACUGCUUCAAAUGCGCGGGAUGCAACGGCGACCUUGGAAACUCGUUCAAAAUGAAGGGUGAGCUCCCGUGGUGCGGGUCAUGCUAGCUCCUGGAAAGCUUGAUAAGGAGAUAUCAAUAUUCAAGACAUUUCAAGUUGAAACAUUCAUAUUGGACACUUCGAAUUUCAACCCAUCGCCAAGGGCCUUGCCUAGUCAUCAGUGCAACUAAGGUGGUUGCUUUUCUUAUCAUGUGAUCGAAAGCUUUGCCAAGCACCGGGUUAUGAUGUACGUUUGGUGAAAAUCCGUCUAUAUACCAUUUAAUUCGAGCAUGCACGCAUGUAUACAAGAAUGAUCAAUAAAUGUAGUCGCUUGCCUAACCAGCAAUAAUUGCAAAUAAAAAAGCUCUCAAAUGACGUUUUA